CGGUCCGUUCCACAAUUGCUCGCCGCGCGCGGCACGCGAAUUGACGAACUGUCAUCCCGUCGCGAAGAUGUUGUUGGUUCUGGGGGUGCUGGCGCUGGUGCUCGUGGCGGUGACGCUGCUCGUGGGGUUCGUGGCCAUCACCUGGGAGCACGAAGUAGUGCAGAGCUAUGCUGCCCUCCCAGCUCCUGCCGACCUGGGCACAAAGGAGUUUCGCUGGCGCUGCUGGUUGUCUCCAUACACGCGUCGAGGAUGGCGCACCUCCAUUCUGCGUAGCGCGUGCCCGCGAAUCACGCUGCAGUGCCCUUUUGCGCUGCUGUCGGCGGAUUUUGCCAAGCUCGCCACCUCGCUGAGUCUGCCGAAGCUGGCACUUGAGCAGUUACCCUUCAUGUUCCCGCAGGUGGCCGUGGGGAGUUUGUUCCUGCAGCUUCUGGGCAACUCGAACUUCCCGGCUAGCGUUCGCAAUCUUCGCCUGAAGGCUCUGACUGUCGUCCAGCUCCGACCGCUCGACAUGAGCUUUCCAUCUCAAGACGAAGAGGCAGCGCCACCGCCAGAGCUGACGUGCCUCAUGGUUCUGUCUGAGAAGCGCUUCCUCGAGUCGGAGAUCGAGUUCGCAGUUCAGACAGAUUUGUUCGAUGACCAGGGGACAGUAUGGCAGUCGGUAACCUGGUUUUCGAUCCCGUUCAAGCAAGAAACGCUACUGGUUCCGAUAUCACAGUCCUCAUUCACUCUGGACGACACCAUCGCGGCGCGUGCGAGUUCGAACCAUGCGGCAGAAUCCUUCAAGUGCUCCUCGAGGAACUUGUCUGAAUUCGAGGAUGUCAGCGUUGUGGGUGUGGCCGGUGAGUGCCCCUCCAAGACUGGCGCAGCUCCCCUGAUGUGGAUGCUUGCUCGUGCUACCGGUAUGCUCCAGCAGAAGGCGCGGGUGCCAGCGCUGCCUCUGAUGUGCAAUUGCUUGUUCAGCGAGGAACAAGCUCCCGUGCCUCUGCACAAGAAAAUUGUGCUGCAAUCGUGGACGAGCGAGGAAGAGCAGGCGCAACCUGAAGUGGUUAAGUUUGCUGUUGAAGCCCAAGACGCGAGCGUCAUGACCGGCGUCCUACGAACUGUCGGAUGGAAUUACGUCGAGAAUUCUUAA